UAUAACUCCACAAAGAGCUCUCUAGUAAUAUUUCAAUCCCCACGUCGACGUGUGAUGUCAGAAGAAUGUGGGCCUAUACAAUGUAAAAUUGGUUCCGAUAUAAUUCCAAUGACAUCACAGAAAACGUACGCUGGGAUAACGUUUACCCAUAACCUACAAUCAAGCAGUAGUAUUUUUGAUGCUUGUGUGAAAGGAAGGACUAACCUAAAUUCACUUUUAAGUAUUGGUAUUCACCCCAAUGGGCUGAACCCUGUAUUAAGUUUUAAUAUUAUUAAAAGUGUUGUAUAUUCAAGUAUGUUGUAUGGUUGUGAGCUUUGGAAUUCAUAUACUAAGCAAGCUGUAGAAGAGUUGGAACGUACACAGAGAUAUGCAUGUAGACGUUGUAUUGGUCUUCCUAAAACUUCCUCCACAGCAGUGACUGCUCAGUGUUUAGGGUCAUUUGAUAUGUGGAGCGAAGUGGAGAGAAGGAAACUAUUAUUUUGGAACAAAUUGUGUUUAGGUGGUCCAAAAUUUUUAUGGAAAACACUUUUUAUUAUUAGACUAUGUCAGUUUAUGUAUGGUAGUUCAUCAACUACUCAAAUAGGAUUUCUGCCUGAUAUAUAUAACAUAAUGGUUAAAUUUAAUAUAGAGUCAUUUAUCAAUGACUAUGUUCUAAAUAUAUUCGUACCACCGAUGUUAUGCUGGAAACGUUUCAUUAAUAGAUUUAUAUAUGAUUUUUAUUAUAUAAGGUGGACAGAUAAACUAAAUACACGUGAUGAACAUAAGAGAUAUGCUGCUAUCCAUAGUGAUCCGGGAAUAAAUCCAAUAUUGCAACUAAGCACUAAACAAAUUUCUCAACAACAUGUAUGGGAUCUAGUAGAGUUAUUUAAAUACUCAAUAUCUUGUGAGAAUGAAUUGGUUAUAUGUAAGAUAUGUGAGAAAACAAGUAAAGAUAUUGUGUUGCAUUUUAUAUUAGAAUGUCCAGGUUUAUACUUAAGCCGUGAUAAAAUGAUGGAUGGUGUUGUAAAUGCUAUAGAAGUAUUGUCAUAUGUACAGUUUUCAGAACUAAGCAUUGAAGACCAGUGCAGCUUUUUACUUGGCGAUCAUUCACAUGUAUACUUGACUGGAAAUAUCAAAGGAAUGGUAUGUGAGAUGGAGAGUUUUCUAUAAUUAACCUAUUGAUGUAUAUAUAAGUGUAAACGUAUAUAUGUAAAAGAUGUAUGAGGAAUAUAUAUUGUAGUGAACAUUUUGUAUUAUGAAUUAUAUAAUGCUGUUAUAUGAAUGUCCAAUACGUCAUUAUUUAAUACAUUUACUUCUCAA